AUGGAAAAGUUUUUACGUCAAAUUGAUGAGGGUUUUUUGAAAAAAUUCGAUUAUGAAGAAUUUGAAAAUAUUAAAAAAAAUUCGGAUGGGUCAAAUUUAAUUGAGAGUGCAUUUUGGAGAAAAAAACGUCGUCAUGUAGUCCUCAAAUUUUUAAAAGAAAACUGUGAAGACAAAUAUUAUAAAAAACUUCUCAGAGAGAUAAGAAACAUAAAAAAAGUUGACGACGAUGCAAACGUAAUCAAAUUCUAUGGUGUUACUAAAGAUCCUUCAAAAGAAUUUUACUCUAUGGUAUUUCACCUUUAUAACAAAACCCUUAGAGAGUAUUUGAAAGAUGUCUCAAAACAAGACUGGCAUUCCAAAUUAAAAAUGGCUAAAGAUAUUGCCAAUGGUUUAAAUUAUAUUCAUGCAGAGAAUGUUAUACAUUGUGAUUUGGUUAGCAUAUUAUUUUUUAGUUCUUCAAUAAGACCAUUUGGAAAGAAUAUUGAACGUCUACAAUCAGCUCUCUUAGAUGGGACGAGGGAAAAUCCCAUCAAUUUAACACCUGUAGACUACAAAGAACUUUAUUGUGAUGCAUGGAGUAAUGAUUCUAAAAAGCGUCCAUUAAUCGAAGAUGUCAUUAAUCUCCUCCGAGAUAUUGAGUUAGAUUGUGUAUAUAAAGAUUGUGAUUAUAUUCCAGAAAUUUGUUUAGGGAAAAUAGAUACUUCUAUAUCAAAAAAAGAAGCCUGCUUAAUGGUAAUUAAGGGUUCACCUCAAAAUAAAUACUUUUUCCUUUCUCCAGAUGAAACACUUAUAGGAAGGAAGAAUUCAAAUCACAUCAUUAUAAGAGAUCAAGAAAUUGCUAAAAUACAUGCAAAUAUUAAAAAUUUCAAUGGAAAAGUUGACAUAACCAACUUAAGUUCGGGGUCAGGGAUUGUUAUUAAUGGUGAAGAACUUUUAUUUCAUGAUUCCCGUAAUUUAAAAAGAGAUGACAUGAUUAAAAUGGGACGCUGUACUUUUCAAUACCUUCCCGCUGGGGAAUAUGAGAGCCGCAUUGAUAAACUUUUACCGAUUUAUAACGUUGGUUAUUUGAAGAAAUGCUUGGAAAAUGAAUUCUUGAAUGCAAGAGAAAAUAAGCAGAAGUUGAGUUUGUUGUUUUUUGAUUUAGAUAACUUCAAAAGUAUCAAUGAUGGAAAUAACCAUGAAGCUGGUGACUACGCUUUAAAAGAGUUAGCUGAACUGAUUCAAAAUCAUCAUCGUAUUCGUGCUGAAGACAUUUUUGCACGAUACGGUGGAGAUGAGUUUACAAUCCUUCUCAAAAAUACAGAUAUAAAGUUGGCCAGUGAAAUUGCUGAGGAAAUUCGAGUUUCUGUUGAAGCACAUUCAUUUACUUAUAGGGAAAAAAAAUUACCAGUUACACUUAGCAUUGGGGUUACUGGAAUGGAUCCAUCGGUAGAAACUUAUAAUAAAUUGUUAAAUCAUGCUGAUGAAGCUUUAAAGAAGGCCAAGGAAUAUGGUCGCAAUAACGUAGCAAUAUGGGAGAGUGAAAACGAUAUAGAACAUUUAAAGAAUGUGCAACAGCUUGAUCUGAAAAAAGGUCGAGGAGAAAUGUUAAGCGAAUUAGGUGAAUUGAAUGGAUUAAAAAAUCGAUAUCUAGAAGACUUGAAUGAAAUUUGUGAAUUCAGAGAAGCACUAGCUUUAUAUGUCGAGCCGCGAGGGAAGUGGAAUGUGCCAGUUAUAAUGUCAUCAGCUGGUAAAGAAGAAAUGGGUUACAAAGAAAGAGAAGGCGAUAUAGAAAAAGUAGUUAGGAAUUUUUUGACUUCAAGGCAUGAACUUAUUUCAGAUGAUAAGAAGAUUCUGGAGAAUGUAUCCAAUGAAUGUUUUGUUUCAAAAGAAAUAAAGCCGCUAAUUGAGACAGUUAAUCGCUUUUUUACACCGGAAAAUCAAUUAACUUUGGAGGAUAUAAAUGUUUUGAAGGUGGCAACUAAUCAAUUUUUGGCUUUAAAGGAUCAGAAGGCUUGGAAGCUUCUGGAGAUGGCGAUGAAUGAGUUUCUAGAGUCAUCAAAAAGAGUUGAGAGAGUAUUAAAGAAUACAAUCCGUAAGUUUUUGGAAAGUCCACUGGUUUUGGAGGAUAAACUGAUCUUGAGAAGUAAAUUAGACUUAGUAAGUCAUAUAACUAAAGAGGAUGUUAUAACUUUGGAAAAAGCUUCAAAAAAUAAAAAAGAAUUUAAAAUAACUGCUAAUAGACUACUGAACUUAAAAGCUAAAGAAGUUUUGGAGGCAGCAGUAAAUCGCCUCCUAAAUGAGAAACGUAAAAAAGUACUGUUGAUAUUAGGCAGCGGAGGAACAGGAAAAUCGACGUUUAACCGCUACCUUGCUCGUAAUCUAUGGGAAGAAUUUGACAACCAAAAAAUGAUGCAACCACUUAUCCCUUUAUUUAUCGCACUAGCACCACUAGAAGGGUUGAUAAAUCAAGAUCAGGAUUUUAUUGAAGCUUAUUUACAGAAAGAAGGCAAACUAUCCACAGAUCAAAUUGAUAUUCUACGAGAAAGGAAGUUUGUAUUUAUUCUAGAUGGUUAUGAUGAGAUUGCUGAACGUGAACGUCAUUGCUAUAACAAAAAUAAGUUCUCCAAGUGGAAAAACGCGAAGAUUAUUAUUAGUUGUCGACCAGAGUACCUAGGCAAAGACUAUGAAAAAAGGUUCUGGCCUACAGAAAACGAAGGAAAAGGAUUCCAAGAAUUGACAAUUACACCCUUUUCGCCGGCUGAAAUAGAAAAAUAUACCAUAAAAUAUGUUGAUUAUUCCCAGGAUAAGGGUAUCCCAUUAACGUGGGAUGCAAAAACAUAUAUCCAACAAAUAAAGAAUAUGCCACAAGUACAAGAUCUUGUAACUAAUCCUAUUCUAUUAAAAAUUACCUUGAAUGUUUUACCAAAAAUUCUUGGAGAAAAAGAAAUAACAACAUCUCAGAUAAAUCGUAUAGUUUUGUAUGACGAAUUUAUUAAGCAAUGGUUUGAACGUGCUCAAAAUCGCCUAUUAAACAUUCAAUUAAAUCCCAAAGAACGAGAUGAGUUUAACCGCUUGAAUGAGGAAGAUUUUUCUAAACAUUGCCUACAAUUUGGAAAUAAAGAUGUGGAAUGUCGAUUGAUGCGCUUCAGCAUGCCAUUAAUUCGACGUGGAAACCAAUAUUGGUUUUUCCAUAAAACAUUGCGAGACUAUUUGAUUGCUUGUGCGUUGUUAGACUCAUCUAAAAAUAAAAAUACGUCGGAAAAAGCACUCUUCAACAAGCAAUCGAUUAUGCCUGAACCUGCAAUUCAACAAUUUUUGGUUGAACGAAUUCAACAAAAGCCAGAGCUCAAACAACAGAUGUUAAAUUUUAUCGAAUGCUCGAAGAAGAAUGCAAAUAUUCAAAUUGCAUCCGUUAAUGCCAUUACAGUUCUUAUGCGUGCCAAAAUACAACUUCCGACAAAUUUAAAUAAUAUUCGUGUCCCAGGGGCGGAUUUGAGCAAUGGAGUUUUUAAUAAUUCACAACUCGUAAGAGCUAAUUUAAACAAUGUAAAUUUUCAAAAUGCAAAACUUCGAAAUGUGAAUCUCGAGGGUGCGUCCCUUCAAAAUGCGAACCUCAAGGGUGCAGAUCUCACUGGUGCAAAUCUUCGGUAUACAAAUCUUCAAGGAGCAAAUUUUCUUGAUUCUUAUCUCAAAAAUGUAAAUUUUGAAGGCGUAAAUCUCAGAGUUCAAGAUUUCCGAGGAUUUGACCUCCGAAAUACAGAUUUCUGUGGUACAUAUUUUUAG